GGGCGGGGAAGGGGCUGCGGUGGUGCUGCCGGUGGGCGCGGGCUCGCGGCGGUUCGGAGCGGCGCUGUCCUGCCAGCGGGCGCGCGGAGAUGCUGCGAGUGCGGUGCUUGCGCGGGGGGAGCCGCGGAGCCGAAGCGGCGCAUUACAUCGGCUCGCGGCUUGGAAGAGUCUUUACAGGAUGGGUGCAGCGAUCUUUCCAGAGCACCCAGGCAGCUACAGCCUCCCAGAACUCCUGUGCUGCUGAUGACAAUAAGGCCACUAGCCCUGUGCCUAAGGACUGUCCUGUUUGCUCAUAUAAUGAAUGGGACCCACUGGAAGAAGUCAUUGUGGGAAGAGCUGAAAAUGCAUGCGUUCCUCCUUUUUCUGUGGAGGUUAAGGCCAACACAUAUGAAAAGUAUUGGGGAUUUUAUCAGAAGUUUGGAGGCCAGAGCUUCCCCAAAGAGCAUUUAAAAAAAGCUAUUGCUGAAAUUGAAGAAAUGUGCAAUAUUUUGAAAAGAGAAGGUGUAAUUGUCAAGAGGCCUGAUCCAAUUGACUGGUCUGUCAAAUAUAAAACGCCUGAUUUUGAGUCUACAGGUAUGUAUGCUGCCAUGCCAAGAGACAUCCUGUUGGUGGUGGGAAAUGAAAUUAUUGAAGCUCCUAUGGCUUGGCGUGCUCGUUUCUUUGAGUACAGAGCAUAUAGGCAACUAAUCAAAGAGUAUUUCAACAGUGGUGCUAAGUGGACAACUGCACCCAAACCUACAAUGGCAGAUAAACUCUAUGAUCAGGAUUAUCCCAUUUCUUCUGUUGAAGACAGACAUAAACUAGCUGCUCAGGGGAAAUUUGUAACUACUGAAUUUGAGCCAUGCUUCGAUGCUGCUGACUUCAUUAGAGCCGGAAGAGAUAUCUUUGUACAAAGGAGUCAGGUUACCAAUUAUAUGGGCAUUGAAUGGAUGAAGCGGCAUCUUGCACCAGACUAUAGAGUGCAUGUGAUAUCCUUUAAGGAUCCUAACCCUAUGCACAUUGAUGCCACAUUUAAUAUCAUUGGACCUGGUCUUGUGCUGUCUAACCCAGAUCGUCCCUGCCAUCAGAUAGAGCUUUUCAAGAAAGCAGGCUGGACAGUGAUUCAUCCACCAGUGCCACUCAUCCCAGAUGACCACCCACUGUGGAUGUCGUCUAAAUGGCUCUCCAUGAAUGUCUUAAUGCUGGAUGAAAAACGUGUGAUGGUGGAUGCCAAUGAGACAUCAAUUCAAAAGAUGUUUGAAAAUCUGGGCAUUUCUACAAUUAAAGUGAGUAUUCGCCAUGCCAAUUCCUUGGGAGGUGGUUUCCAUUGCUGGACAUGUGAUAUCCGCCGCCGUGGUACCCUGCAAUCUUAUUUUGACUAGUUAUUGGCCAGCUAGGCAGCAGUGGUUCAACUUCUAAAAUAAGCAUAGGAAAUGAAUAAAUUUCACCCUUUUUUUGUUAGAAACAACUGCAUGAGCUCUAGUGCUUGAUCAGCGGUGUCCUUACAGUGGUCUGGCGAAUGAUUUACUUACCUACUCUUUGCAUUAAGCAGUAUAAUUGAAUCUACUUCCAUCUGCAGUACAGGUUUUCUGGCUGGCUUUUUGAAAGACAUCCUUUAUUCACGAAGCCUUUUCAUUGGCUUUGAAUGUAAAAACUUGACAAGAUAGCUAAAGGCUCUUGCUAGAAUAGCAUGGCCACUAAUGUUAGACAUCUACCUCUGUCUAGUACUCAAAAAGGCAGCUUGAAAUGUUAAACUUGAGUUAACAUUUCUUAUUUCUUUUAAUCAGUUUAUUUUUCUAAUAUAUUACACUGUUUAAUACAGUUAAUACAGAUGUAACUGUACAGAUCUCUUGUGGAAACAAGUAAUUUUAUAAUGCUUUUCAUGUUGGGCCAUGCAGAUAUUUAGGGAGAAUUUUCAGUGUGGUCUAAUAACUUUUAAAGCAUUCACUUACUUGUCAUGUCCCUCUUAUGUCUACAUUUUUCUCUUCUGAAACAUUUUCAUCAUGCAUCGCUGAACACUUUUUAUAUUGCUUUUUAUAUUGCUGAAAUUAGUUCUUUUAUUUAACUUUAAAAGUGUACAAAUGAUAGCUAAUAUGCUGCAUCUACAGGCUUCAGUUUGUGAAUUGUUUACACACAACUGUUUUUUUUAAAAAAAAAAAAAACUACAAAAACCACCCCCUUCCCAAAACCUUUAAACUAUGGCAGAUACAAAAAGAUGUAUCAAAAACAUGCCAGAUGCUGUGAAAGAAUUUUCAUAUUGAUUCCUGGAUAUGUACUUUUUAUGUUAAUAAACUUUUUUGCAUUCUC